UAACAAAUGAUGAAUCACGUAGUACAUAGAAGGGGAGGCUAUAGAAUAUAGAAAAGAGAGAGCACUUUAUUUAGUUUCAAUUCUGAAGUAUUAAGAAUCAGAAGAUAUAUUUGUUUUAUUUACAACAAAUAUUUUUUAUUUAAUUAAAUAAUAUAAUUUUAAAAUCAUGAAGUUAUUUUUGAUUUUAUUUAUAACAAUAUUUACAACAGUACAUGCUGUAUCAUUCUUUGAAUUAGUUAAUCAAGAAUGGAUGACAUUUAAGAUGGAACAUAAAAAAGUAUAUAAAUCUGAUGUUGAAGAAAGAUUCAGGAUGAAAAUAUUUAUGGACAACAAACAUAAAAUUGCUAAACAUAAUAGUAAUUAUGAAAUGAAGAAAGUUUCAUAUAAAUUAAAAAUGAAUAAAUAUGGAGAUAUGCUUCAUCAUGAGUUUGUAAAUAUAUUAAAUGGUUUCAAUAAAUCAAUAAAUACUCAAUUAAGAUCUGAAAGAUUGCCUGUAGGUGCUUCAUUUAUUGAGCCAGCAAAUGUAGUAUUGCCAAAAAAAGUUGAUUGGAGAAAAGAAGGUGCUGUAACUCCAGUUAAAGAUCAAGGCCAUUGUGGAUCAUGUUGGUCAUUUUCUGCAACUGGAGCUUUGGAAGGUCAACAUUUUCGACGAACAGGAGUAUUAGUUUCAUUAAGUGAACAAAAUUUAAUUGAUUGUUCUGGAAAAUAUGGUAAUAAUGGAUGCAAUGGAGGAUUGAUGGAUCAAGCUUUUCAAUAUAUUAAAGAUAAUAAAGGUUUAGAUACAGAAGCUUCUUAUCCAUAUGAAGCUGAAAAUGAUAAAUGCAGAUACAAUCCAGCAAAUAGUGGUGCCAUUGAUGUUGGUUAUAUAGACAUUCCAACAGGAGAUGAAAAAUUGCUUAAAGCAGCAGUUGCUACUAUAGGUCCAGUCUCUGUUGCUAUUGAUGCUUCUCAUCAGUCUUUUCAAUUUUAUUCGGAAGGUGUCUAUUAUGAACCAGAAUGUUCUUCAGAAGAAUUAGAUCAUGGAGUGCUAGUAAUAGGAUAUGGUACUGAUGAAAAUGGUCAAGAUUAUUGGCUAGUAAAAAAUAGUUGGGGUGAAACAUGGGGUAAUAAUGGAUAUAUCAGAAUGGCUAGAAAUAAAUUAAAUCAUUGUGGUAUUGCUUCUAAUGCUAGCUAUCCUCUUGUUGGUUCUAAAGGAUUAUUUUAAAAGAACUAGAGAUAACACAACAUAAAAAGUGGAAAAAUAAAUUAAAAAUUGUUAUAAGUAUUUGAACAUAUUUAAGUUCUUGUUUAUACAUCAAAAAAAGAAUAUAUACAUAUUUUUUUAUUAAAUUCAAUAAAUGGGAUAUUCAUUAAUA